AUGGUGCAGGCUUAUCCUUCGCCAACAUCGACGAUGACGAUGCUCCAAACGCGCCCUUCAUCUUCGGAAGCGUUUCAGAGUGGGUCACAAGGCCAGCAACAUCAACGAAACUCCCAAAUGCCUAGAAACAUCUACAACACUUCGGUCGGUGGAAUGGCAGCUGGGAGCUAUAGAGGACAUACAUCGACCUCGCCGGUGUCCCCAUAUGGCUUCUCCGGUCCAUCACUACUGCCUAACGGUUCCAAUCCACUCCGGCAGCACCCUACAGCUGUACCACCUCCACGGCUUGAGUACAGAACGGCAUCUGCACCAUCAGUACCUCUUGCUCAGCAAGCGUCACAACAGAGCCCGUCCAUUUCUAAUCGACCUCGCCCACCAGUAAUCACCACAGCCUCCACACCAUUGAGUGCUCCUAAUAGCAACAACUCACGCCAGCAGACCCUCUCCGACGGCAACGCUUCAGCCAUUACCUCUGUUCCGCCACAACUGGCCUCUAGGCCUCUCUCCACGGCUGAUCUCAGCCUUCCGCCUUUACAAACAGCUUCUUAUGCCACUGUGGCCAAAUCGUCGCCAGAUCGCUAUCGACGGAAUCACCGGCGUGCGGAGACAUCCGGACCAUUGACCACAUCUAAUCAAGGCCAAGGUGGAUCUGCAAUGCCGUCGGGUUCGGGCAUGGCAACUGUCGGUCACCUCUAUACACAUCCUACACAGACAAGCAGUACUCCAUCUUUAACAUCGUACCCAUCGUACCGUGGAGCUCAAACCGCUUCAUCGCCUACAGUGAAUGACUACAACGUUGGAGCACCGCCAAGGCUCGCUAGUAAAGAUGAUCUGAAUUUGCAAAGGGAGCGCCAAGCUUCGGCAGACCUGGCAAAGAGAUACCGAAGAAGGAGCAUCAGCAGCAUGGAAGCUAAAGACUUUGCAAUCCCACUGUCAGAAGCAGGGCCACCGCAGCAACAAGGCCCGACAAAGUCUUAUGCAGCAAUGCUUGCUGGUCCAUCACCACAGGAACGGAAGGAAGUUCGAACAACACCUGCAGUGGAGAGACCGACCUCAUCCCAUGGUCGUAGUGGCAGCAAUGAGAGUUCUGUUUCGGGUCGCUCUGCCCCGAAGUCAUCAGGGGCUAAGCGAUUCGAACUACCAUCUUCUGCUCCUACCACAGCACAAGAAGCUACUCCGAUUGCAAGGAACGAAGCCAAGGUCGUAACCAUCCCUGCGCGAGGAUCGUCUGAAGCAAACAAGAGGCUCACCAGCCCUUCACCUCUUUCGAAGCCGAUGGCAACGAGCCCUGAGGUGCCCUCCUCCGAGCAUACUUUUGCCGCUCCAGAACCACUGCUGCCAGCGGCACCGAUCGUCGCCCAAACUAGCACGACUCCCACUGGAAUACCUCAGAGUGCUGCAGCCCAGCACUUGGCUGCGCUCAAUAAGAAAGAGGGAAAGAAGGAAGGCAAAUCGUCGAGGUUACGGCGAGCCUUUUCUUUUGGUAGUGCGGCUGAACUUCGAAAGGCAUCUGCCGAGAACAGUGCUGCCGCUGCCUCAAAUGAGCGUGCUAAGCUACGGAAAGAUCGUUACGCGGACGAACAAGAAGCUCUGCAAGCAGCUGAGAUUCAGAAACAAGAGGCAGCUGGCCUUGGAGAAGGCAUCUAUUCCGGGCAAGGGCAUUUUUUCACUGGAUCGACAGACAACUUGUCGAUAUCCUCGACUGCUUCUUCAGCAUCAGUAAUGAUCAGAAAAAUGGGCAAGGGCAUGAAAAAAGGCUCUCGCUCGUUGGUCGGGUUGUUCAGGCCAAAGUCUGUUGUGGGCGUACCCGCUGCAGAUUCGGCUGUGCCAGAAGUCAGCAUGGCUCAAGUUUCGAUGGUAACAGUCGAGGCUGAGCGAGAGAAGGUCAAUGUCAACGCCGACCCACAUGACCAAGCUGGAGGUGGUACUGGAUUUCCAAAAUUGGAGAGAAACUCUAUGGAUGCUGCACACAUGGCUUCAGAGCCGAGGACCUCCUUCAGUGACCGACCAGGCAGUUCACGACCGGACAGCUCACGGGGAAGGCGUAGCCUCGUUGGGGGAGAAGAGGAGCGUGCAAAGGUUUUGGCGGCGGUCAAGAAAGGCAUCCUGAAACGCACGGACUCAGGCCAGGCUUCUCCUGUCGCAAGACCUGUUGAUACAAAGACCCCCGACUUCAAUCUCCCUCAGAUUCCUCACUUUAACGACAGUCCUCACUCUAGCGCUCCAACCACGCCCAUCGAUGAACAUGCUCCACGGUCCGGACACAGAAAGACCGAUUCAGUCAAUAUAGAAGGAGAAGAGUAUUUUCUGUCUUUAGCGAACUUCACCAGUAGCGAUUCGAAAAGCUUGCCCGGCACGCCACGCAGUCUUGCGGCCCGCAAUAUCAGCUUCAGCCCUCGCAUACAAUUCCACGACACCUGGCCACCAGGGGAGUAUGAUAGACGAGGUGAGAUUGCUACAUGCAAUCGCUUGACGCCCCUCCUUGCUCAACAGAUCAAGGAGGAGCUGAACACCUUCAAGAUGGAAAUGGAAGUACACGCCGAGUCUAAAGUCUACACACACUUCUUCUGA